UGCUGCUCACGAAUGGCGCGCGCACCGCGGCGAGGUCGGUGGCGGCGCGACGAUGCUUCGCGACGAAGACCAAGCUGAUAAACAUGAAGCCCAUCAACUUGAAGAUCACUAUGGCAACCUUUCUCCUUCGCGUGCACCCGGAUGUGAUGCAAGUGGAUCGACACAGCAUGAAAGAAGUUGACCAAUCGAUCAAAGAUCACAACGAAAAUGCCUUGAAGACGCUGAAUGCAUACUUGGAUGUUGCGUCCGCUGGGUGCAAUGGUGAAUACACCUCCGAUAUGCUUAGCACACGCGAGUUUCCCCUGGAGUUUUACAUCCCGACGACCAAGAAGGUCCAGCGCAGUCAGCGCAAGAUCAAGACCGCCACAUACGCCGAGUUCGUCCACGUCCAUGGGAACAUGUAUACGAGGAUCUUUCAUCCCGUCAAAUUGUCGGACAAGCUGAUUGAGACCUCCCAUCAAGCUUUGAUGAAUCCUCGAACGACUAACGUGGCCGCAGUGCAUUGGAGACAAGACACGAAUACCGUGCUGCGCGACUUGUUCUUCCAGGCCGACAUCCCUGUACUCUCAGCACACCCAAACGGCGAACUUAUUCCAUGGGACGAAGAGGUCGUUCGCCAAGUCGAAGCCGAGGCGAUCUUCUCGUCCAACGAAACGUUUGAAAAAAAGUUUCGAUCAAUGCUCGUGCGCGAGCGGGACGUUGUGUUCAAGUUCACGACCGGGUAUGAAGCGGAUGUUGAGAAACACCAAGUGCUGCUGUCACUCAUGCGCCGUAUCCACGUCGAUGUACUGCCUGAAGGCGAACGCCAAGCAGCGUUUAGUUGGAUGGGUGAUACCCUUCUCCGCAACUUUAUGGACCUUCGCCUUGCUAAUCCCGUGUGGAAUCGCGCCGUGGUCAUCUUAUCGGACGUUGAGGACACGUUGCAAGUUUUGAGCGACGAAAACGACGACGGAUGCCAAGUGGCAUUUGUGAUUGGGUUCACACACGACGUCGAUCGGUUGGUGGAGUUUUUGACCGACGAAAUUGACAAGUUGGAAGUGGCGCUGGACGCGGCUUUUGCCCCUGACCCGACGCGCCGCCGCCAAAAGCGUAAAGGGAUUCAGCCCGUGCCAAAGCGACUGUAUUGAAGGUACCUUUGGCAUGGUUGACAUGAACACGUAUGAGGGUGCAUUUGCACAGCGAAUUGGAUGAACGAUGGCGUUGUUUUAUUUGCUUUCUCCGG